GCCCCACGGUUCCCACGCGGCUGCCCACGAUAGGAUCGGCCUGCGGGGAAGAAGAUGUCGUACCAAGGCAAGAAGAACAUCCCUCGGAUCACGAGCGACCGGCUGCUCAUCAAAGGAGGAAAGAUUGUCAAUGAUGAUCAGUCGUUUUAUGCAGAUAUCUAUGUGGAAGAUGGUUUGAUUAAACAAAUUGGGGAAAAUCUGAUUGUUCCUGGAGGUGUAAAAAUGGUUGACGCUUAUGGCCAGCUGGUUAUGCCAGGCGGAAUAGAUGUCCACACUAGAUUACAGAUGCCUUUGAUGGGAAUGACCUCUGCAGAUGACUUCUAUCAAGGCACAAAAGCGGCUCUUGCAGGAGGAACCACCAUGAUACUUGAUCACGUAUUCCCUGAAUCUGGAGCAAACCUGCUGACUGCCUAUGACCAAUGGAAGGAGGCCGCUGAUAGUAAAGCGUGUUGUGAUUAUUCCCUGCAUAUUGAUAUCACACGUUGGCAUGAGAGCAUCAAAGAAGAGCUGGAGGCCCUUGUCAAAGACAAAGGUGUGAACUCCUUUCUUGUUUUCAUGGCUUAUAAAGACAAACUCCAGUGCACUGAUGCUCAGAUGUAUGAGAUAUUCAGUAUUAUUCGAGAACUGGGUGCCAUUGCUCAAGUACAUGCUGAAAAUGGAGACAUCAUUGAUGAGGAGCAAAAAAGGCUGCUGGACCUGGGGAUUAUUGGUCCUGAGGGUCAUGUUCUCAGUCAUCCAGAAGAGGUUGAAACAGAGGCAGUGUAUCGUGCUAUUACAAUAGCGAAACAAGCCAAUUGCCCCUUAUAUAUCACAAAAGUCAUGAGCAAAGGGGCUGCAGAUGUCAUAGCUCAAGCCAAGAGAAAAGGCACUGUUGUGUAUGGAGAACCCAUUACAGCCAGUCUUGGUACGGAUGGCUCGCAUUACUGGAGCAAGAACUGGGCCAAAGCUGCAGCCUUUGUGACAUCUCCUCCCAUUAGCCCAGAUCCGACAACACCCGAUUAUCUCACUUCGCUCUUAGCAUGUGGGGAUCUUCACGUGGUGGGCAGCGCUCACUGCACCUUCACCACCGCACAGAAGGCUGUCGGAAAGGAUAACUUUGCCCUUAUUCCCGAAGGAACAAAUGGCAUCGAAGAACGAAUGUCCAUCAUUUGGGAAAAAUGUGUGGCCACAGGGAAGAUGGAUGAAAAUGAAUUUGUAGCAGUGACCAGUACGAAUUCAGCAAAAAUUUUCAACUUUUACCCCAGGAAAGGACGAAUUGCUGUGGGGUCAGAUGCUGAUGUGGUUAUUUGGAAUCCCAAAGCUACAAAGAUUAUAUCUGCGAAAACUCACAACUUGAAUGUGGAGUACAACAUAUUUGAAGGAACAGAAUGUCAUGGUGUCCCUACAGUGGUUAUAAGUCAAGGGAAGGUGGUGUUGGAAGAUGGAAACCUUUUUGUCACUCAAGGCGUCGGCCGUUUCAUUCCUCGAAAGACAUUCCCUGAUUUUGUUUACAAAAGAAUAAAAGCAAGAAACAGGCUUGCGGAAAUUCAUGGUGUUCCUCGUGGGCUUUACGAUGGACCAGUUCACGAUGUCAUCAUAACUGCUAAAGCUGUGGCCCCAACUCCUACCUCAAGAAUAGCUACCUGUUCUGGCAAAAUACAAGUCCCUCCAGUCCGUAACCUCCAUCAGUCAGGCUUCAGCCUCUCUGGAUCUCAAACAGACGACCAUGUCGCAAGACGUACUGCGCAGAAAAUUAUCGCACCCCCAGGAGGACGCUCCAAUAUUACAUCCCUGUCAUAAUUCAGGAUUUGAUAAUGCGCGCACAUAACCUUGAUUAUAACUGAUUGACCAUGAUCAAACACAUUUAGGGCACAAUCCUAUACAUGUUUAAUCAUAAAAAAAGUCCUAGAACUUCCAUCAUUACCCAGCCAGUCAUGAUGGCUGGGGCAUGUUGGGAGCUGUAGGACAUUUUUCUGUCUAAACAUGCACAGCAUUGCACCGUUAAAC